CAUUAUUAAAAGUGAAUUCUGAAAAGCUAGCAUUUUCUCGUCAUUUUCUCUUGUGAAUUGUGUUACGUUUUUGUGCAGUGAGAGAUGGUUGCUUUCGGGAAGAAGUUGAAAGACGGACAGAUUGAAGAAUGGAAAGGCAAAUGGAGCAGGCAAUGUGACCUUAAAGGUCCGCAUCAUAAGGCUGUGGACCAGACCAUUGUUCAACAGCACCAAAGGAUUCUAUUCGAAAGAGAUGAUCAUCAUGGAUGAGGCGGGCAACAAAGUUCAAUGUAAUGUUUUGUAUAAAAAUUAUGGAAAUUUUUCACAUCUUCUUCAUGAAAACCAGUGCAUUUUCAUUGAUAAUCCAACCUUUGUUGAGAACAAGGCCAAAUAUAAGUAUGUGAUCAAUGCACAUAAGGUCUCUUUGAAUCAAAACACUACUGUCAGAAGGUGUAACAACUUUGCUGGGUCACGGUAUGGAUUUUCUUUUGCUGCAUUUCAGGCUGUCUUGGAGAGGACAAUUGAUUUAACUCAUACAAUUGAUAUCAUCGGAAUGAUUGAUGGCAUACACAAGAUGGUGGUAGAGACCUUGGCUAAUGGCAAGUUAUCUAAACGAAUCAACCUCAAACUACAAGACCUAAAUGGCCAUUUUUUGGAUGUUACUUUAUGGGAUGCAUAUGCUGAACAGAUGGCCACAUUUCAGGCAAAAAAUGCUGAUCGUGCAGGUGUAGUUAUCAUUCUUCAGUUUGCAAAAGUCAAGACGUAUGGGGAUUCCAUUUCGGUUUCCAAUUGCUAUGAAGUUGCUAGGCUUUUCAUUGAUGAGGACAUCGAUGAUGUUGCAAGUUUUAAGAAAAGUUGGUCUUCUAAACCACUAAGUGAAACGUACUCCAGUCUUCGUGGAAUUGGUUCUUUCAUAUCAGGUUCUUUGGAUGAUGAAUUUCUGAAAGAUCAUCCAUUCACGUUCAUCUCUGAUGUUAGUCUAAUAACUGAGAUAACCAAGGUUAUCAUUCUUGCUACGGUAGUUGGUGUUAAGGCUGAUAUGGAGUGGUAUUACACUGGAUGCAAGAAAUGCAAUUGUAAGGUUUUCCCAAAAGUAAUUUUAAAUGAAACCGGUGAUGUUGAAGAGAAGAAGGUCUAUGAGUGUCAAAGUGAGAUAUGUAAGGACCAAGAGAUAACUGCAGUACCCAGGUACAAAAUUCCGAUCAAAGUUAUGGAUAUCACUGGAACAAUGUCUCUUACUAUGUUUGAGCGGGAGGCAUACAAAGUUAUUAAAAAAUCAUGCUAUGAUUUGGUUGAGAGCGUCUUGGAUGGAAAAGCUGAAUUGUUUCCACUGGAAUUAAACGCUUUGAAGGACAAAAAGUUUGCAUUCAUGAUUUCAGUUAGACAAUAUAACUUGAAAAACAAGAAUGAUCUUUAUUCCAUCACUAAAAUGACCGAAGAUCCAGAAAUUCUUGCAGCUCUUGAAAAGAAGUUUGAUGUCGGACAGGUUACUGAAACUAUUUCAGUUGAAAACGAAGUCACCUCUUCAGUUGGCAAAAAGAUUUCGAUCUCUUGCGUCGGUGAUAAUGUAACGCCAAUUUCUUCUGCCGGCAAGGGUCACACGUUGGAAAUGGAUGAAGACAAUGAGGUAUCUCCAAGUAACAGUCUUAAACGUAAUUUAGGUUAUGUUUAUGACGACGAUAGCGCGUGUCAGUCUUCCUCAAAAAUUCGUGGCGGUGUUGAUAAAGAUCAAGAUAACAACAAUGAGAAAGAGAAGCUUUUGAUACCCAAAGUCGAGAAGUAGCUCAAUCGGUGUUUCAACUCGAAAGGAUGAAUUUGAUUUCCGAAUUAUUUAAAAACUGUUUUUAUUUUGAUUGGUUUGAGACUAUCUUUUAUUUUUAGUUAUUUAUUACCAGUUUAUUUGUGGCUUGUGACGUUUGUUACGUUUAAAUAAAAUGUCCUUUCGAGUUUUAAUCUCUCA